AACGUCACUGUGAAUCAUUGUCAUCGCAAUGCCACAACUUCCUGUUUUCGAUCCACACAUUCUUAAAUGAAUAAUGGCUGAAUUAAACCGACAGCUCCAGGAAUAUUUGGCUCAGUCUAAAAGCGGCGCGAAGACGAUAUCACAGUCCAGUUCCAGCACUGCAAUAGACAUCGAUGAACCCACUUCGGUGCCGGGGAGCUGGUUCGGCAGGUGGUCGAGUCAGUUCUCUGGAACCAGUAGCCGUGGAGCGUCAUCAGGCCAAAUAUCGAGCAGCGGCUUCUCGUGGCCGUGGUCAUCAGAACCUGAUCCGUGUUUGCCGGGCAUGAGUCGAUCUCAGCGACUGAUCGCGUUCGGAACGUGUAUUUUCUUCUCUGCUCUGUGCUUUGGACUGUCGGCACUUUACGCUCCUUUACUCCUACUGAAGGCGCGUAAGUUCGCUCUGCUGUGGUCGCUUGGAUCAGUGUUCGCGCUCCUCGGGGCGGCGAUCCUCCGCGGACCCAGUAAACUCAUUGCAUCUCCCACACCGGGAGCCGCGGUGUACCUGUGCUCUUUGGUGGGCACUCUGUAUGCGGCGCUGAACCUUCACAGCACGCUGCUCACAGCUCUUGGAGCCUGUCUUCAGAUCGCUGCUAUUGUGGGUUACAUUGUGGCUUUGUUGCCGGGUGGCAGUGCCGGGAUGAGGUUUGUGGGUGGCAUGGCAGCGUCUGCUAUUAAAAGAACUGUGACCGGUAAAGCCAUGCCUGUAUGAUCAGGCAUUUAACGGACUGGGCAACAGACUAUUUUUAUUUUGAAAAUCAUGGGAGAUACUGUUUUCGCACUUUUUUUUUUUUUUUUUUGAGUGUUUGGUCUGGUACUGGCAUGUUUGAUUGUGAAACUCUGGCUGUGGCCUAUACUGAGUUCAGCAUUCUGUGGAUGGGGAUAUCUAAAUGUUUUGGUGACUUGCACUGUGACAGGGACCAUAUGUAUUACCAAGACAUCAAAUAUUACUCACCUUUUAGUGUUUCUGAACUGCUCUUGAAACUUAAGUUUUUGUAAAUAAACAUAAUAAACAGCUUACUUUGUGAUUUCUUCAAGCCUUGUGGUCUGAAUAAAGAGAAGCCGUUUAUUUAAGGACAGAUCACUUCUGCAUCAUAUACAGUGGUCAUAAAUUUAUAGCAUCUCUAUCCUAUUCUUUGAGUGUCUCCUAUGACAUGCAGAAGGCUAUAGGUUCUGGAGCUUUUACUAAUGUGCUGACGAGUUAAAUCAGGCAAAUUAAAUAAGAGAGAGCAACCAGAGCAAAGGUGUAAACACAUUCUCAGUAGUUAUGUCAAAUCCAGUCAUUUCAAUAGGAAUUCACAUAAUCAUAAGGUUUGUGUAAGGGCAAAAAUGUUCCUAGCACCCAUUUUGUGUUGACUAGCAAUUAAGCUACUUGUUUUAAAAGUGACUUCUGUGUGAGCAGUGCUUAAUUCAUUGCGACACAAUUGACAGAGCUUUGGGCAUGAAACACUGCAAAUAAACAUAAAACUAACACAUACCUUCUAUUUGAGUUUCCAUGAUGCUUUGACAGAUGCUUAUUGUUUUGUGAAAAUGCAUUUUCGGUGUGGGCAGAGCUAACCCACGCCAUAAUGCAGAAAUUGAAACCAAAAACUAGUGCCAUUUGCCAUGGUUGGCUAAGACAAAAAUCACAGAAGAGAUAGUUUUAGAGAUUGUCACUUUAUGUAAAAUCUGGUCAAGACAAUGUUUAAAGCAGGGCUGCUGUGUUCUCCCGGUGAUCUACCUUCCUGCCAAGUUUAGAUCUAACUCUAAACAGCACUCUUGAAUCAACCAAGGUAGGAAAUUUAAAAUGUGUUAUUACAGGGCUGGAACUAAAGGGCAGUCACAACUGACUUUUCACUCCACUGACCAGUCCAAUACACAUGUAAUUGUGGGAGACUGGAAAUGUGAGUUAACAUAUAGUAUAUUGAGUUCCACUGCUUAUAAAAAUGUAAAUGUUGUGAACUGCCUGUGAAUUCACAAUGAGAAGACGUGAGCAAUAGAGAAUCUCAGGCUUGUGUGACCACACUUCUAGAGGAAUGCAGAAAAGAAAGGUAGAUCUCCAGAAUAAGGACCGACACUGCUGCCUUCAAGAAUUGUCAUCAGUGACAGAAAAACCACUAUGGAGUGGGAGAAAAAGAAAUGACGAGCAGAGAGAGUUUACAUAAAUUUUGCACAGUCUAUUAUGGUUUCAUACAAAAAAGGACAAAACAAUAUGACAAAUUUUGUGACAAACUGUACACACAGAAACAAAGUCUGCAACUUUGUCACUCAAAGUAGCCUGGUAAGGUUACAGAAAGAUUAUAUCCAUUAUUUUACAUAAAAAUGAAAUUAAAUAAACAGCGCUGAGACACUCGGGGAAUGAAACAUUCAAGAGUCCACUUUUCUCUAGUAAUAGACAUAGUCCACAAGAUAAUACCAGUUGCAACAUUGGACCUUACCUAGAUGGACUUGCAUUUGCUGGAUGACAGAAUCUGACUGAGGAAAUUAAUGGUACACAAAACAUUUUGUGUUUUAUACAUCAGAAGCCAAAAAAAAAAAAAAAAAAAAAAAGAA